AUGACAGUGAGAUGGAGAGCCCGAUGUGGACGAUGUCUUCUAUUCGGGACGUUCUCCUGCCCCGGAGCGUCCCAGCCCAGCGGCUGGCCCAAUGAUGUUGAUGCAGUGCAACACCAUUUGGCCAGUAUGCAGGAGAGGAAGAUAAAACACGAAUCCGAUGGCGUGCAGUUUCCUUACCAUGGACUCUCUUCGCCUGGUUCUCUUAAGAAGUCGGGGAAAUUCGAUUUCAGCGCUCUGUCCGGCCAUACGAGGUCUGCACGCAUGCCGUUCACCCAUCACCCGCUGCCCAUGCUGGCAGGUGUAAGACCAGCAGGAAGUCCCCGUGCCUCAGCUUCUUCCCUGCACUUCCCCUCGCCAUCCAUCAUCCAGCAGUCCAGCCCGUAUUUCACCCAUCCCACCAUCCGAUACCACCACCACCCGGGACAGGACCCGCUCAAGGAAUUUGUGCAGUUCGUCUGUGCCGACGGAUCAGGACAGGCUAGCGGUCAGCCGAACGGGAGCGGCCAGAGCAAAAUGCCGGGCUCCUUCUUGCUGCCUCCACCCCCCCCUGUGGCGCGUCCAGUGCCCCUCCCAAUGCCAGACUCUAAACCCAGCAGCACGCCCCCCGAUGGCGGACUCACCUCACCCACAUCUCCGUCAUACUCCACGCCAGGCUCCACAGCUCCCAACAGGUUUGUCAGCAUCGGAUCACGGGACAACAACUUUCUGAACAUACCCCAGCAGACGCAGUCAUGGUUCCUUUGACGAGGUCCUGCCUGCAACCUGUCGACACAAUUUGGAAGUUUUAUGAAAAAAAAAAAUCCUGUUUGAAAAUCCCCUCCGACCUGAAAUGCACCCUAAGAAACGUGAGCAGAAUAUGAUUGGGAAACGUUCGACCCUGUAUUUGCCAACCGUCAGACGUCCUUCAAGCCCGCUCCUCCGACUCCGUUACAGACGUUCAGAUCACAGCAGGAGGUGACGGACUGACACACACCUACAGCAUCUCGCAAGAACCGUCAGAAAAACAACGGCAACGUAGAGGAAGACCCUGAUGAACUGAGACAGAAACAAGGAUGUAGUGUACAAUGGCUGGGAUUAUCAACAGAUUCAGUGGUGAGGAUUCAGACACAACUAAAUCGAAAAUCUUUACUAAUUAAACUUCAGUUUUUUUUGUUUUUCUAAACAUGCUGACGUUCAGCAUACAGGCAACGCUAAAAGUCAUUUCACAUCAUGAGAUGUUUUGCAGCAUUUGUAGCUAAAUAGCAUGCAGUGGAAACGUCUCUUUUUUCUGUUUCGGUCAAUUGCUAAACUAAUAAUGAACAGCAGAAGUAUUGCACUACAAAUAUGCGAAGAACACUAGUUUGACGUGCACUAUUGAAAAUGGGAUCGACGGCGGACGUUAUUUGCACAUUUUAUCGCGGAGAAAACCACCCCCUCACACUACAGCUACCCAGAGACGCAUCUCAGAGGAAGUCCUUGUUUUCAGGCCUCAAACAGAAGUGUUUUAACAAAACAAACGUCCAAUUCAGGCCCGUAGUGCCAACUAGACAGCACCAGAUUUUAGGUAGUACUCCUAUAGGACGAAAAAUGCCAACCAGCACACACACACACACUUUAGGCGCUGUUACUUGCACAAAAUUUCGUGGGCGAAAAAGGUCUACACUAUUGACUAUGUACAAAGUACCGAAUUUGCUGGUCAACGCAAUUUAUUUGAGUUAUUUUAAACUCAAAUACUUUUUUAUUAUUAAAGCUACAAAUCUGAAAUAUACGUUUUUGAACAUGAACUUUAAUUUUAGAUAUUUUAUUUGCAAUUUCUUAUGAGAAAUUGCAUGGGUAAAUAAUGAGAUUUCAUCCUUGAAAUUACACCGAGCAACUGUAAAAGUGGCCGCCGGGGUUGCCAGAUCUUCAUGACAAAACCCCAAAGGCCAAUCAGAACCAGCCCAAAACUAGCCCAAAGGCCAAUCAGAACCAGCCCAAAACUAGCCCAAUGGCCAAUCUGAACCAGCCCAAUAGCCAAUCAGAACCAGCCUAAAACUAGCCCAAUGGCCAAUCAGAAGCAGCCCAAAUCCAGACCAAUGACCAAUCAGAACCAACCCAAUAGCCAAUCAGAACCAGCCUAAAACUAGCCCAAUGGCCAAUCAGAACCAGCCCAAUGGCCAAUCAGAACCAGCCCAAAACUAGCGCAAUGGCCAAUCAGAACCAGCCUAAAACUAGCCCAAUGGCCAAUCAGAACCAGCCCAAUGGCCAAUCAGAACCAGCCCAAAACUAGCGCAAUGGCCAAUCAGAACCAGCCCAAAACUAGUGCUAUGGCCAAUCAGAACCAGCCUAAAACUAGUGCAAUGGCCAAUCAGAACCAGUCUAAUACUAUCCCAAUGGGCAAUCUGAACCAGCCCAAAACCAGACAAAUGGCCAAUCAGAACCAGCCCAAAACCAGCCCAAUGGCCAAUCAGAACCAGCCCAAUGGCCAACAUGUCACCCCCAUAUGUAAAAUACACAUUUCACAAUCACUGUAAGGCAAAAUGAAAAGUAUUAUAUCAUAUUGAAAAAAAAAAGCUUAAAGGAGUUCUCUUUCACAAAACGUAACAUAAAACGCAGCAUCGUAAUUUGCCAUUUGGUAGAAUAUCAAAUAUUUCAAGCAAACUCAAUUCCCACAGACUUGGCAACCCUGGUGAACGUUAUUUUACAGCCAUGUGACCGAGCUAUAAUUUUAAAAAGUCAGAGAUAAUCAUUGCAUUCUUUUUUUUCCACUUUUUUAAAAUUAAAGCCAUAUGUAUGAAAUAUAAGUUUUAAAUUCAUUGUUAAAAUUUUGAAGUAAAAUCUCCAUGGAGAUAUUUUUCGCCCCGAUUAUUCACUGCAUAGAUUCCUAUUUAAAAGAUGGUAUUUCGUCCGCGAAAUUUCGCCGAGCAACUAUAAAUGCGACGCUCCUUUACAGUCAUGUGACCGAGCUACAAUUUAAAAAUCUUUCGUUUAAAAAAAUCUGCGAUUAUUCAUUGCAUUCUUUUUUUUUAAAAGUAAAGCCAUAUGUCUGAAAAUAAGUUUUAAAUUGUUUGUUUAAAAACAUAAAGCUCUUAAUUAGAAGUAGGAGACUUAAAACUAAAUUCUAGUAAGGCAAGGCAUAAUAAAAGUCCCCAGUUCAUUAGCACUAAUAAAGGCGGCCCUAGAGACACGCCCACUUCUGUGUUUUGUUUACGUACCUGUUUACACUCCCAGAAGUCCUUGUUCCAAGAACACGCGACCUCGCUGCGGAGCAAAAGAAUGUGUGACAUAUCAUAGCCGUGCUCAGAGGGAGGUGGGCCGCGCGGGGGCCGCUUUUAUUAGCCGUUCACUUCAACAGCAACAUUAGGGUAACGUUUCGACAUGGCCGUCAUAAAAUUAUACGCGUACACACGUACAAAGGGAAGCCUUUAGGGUGAAUUACAGUAGCUUCAUCCGCUGAUAAAACACGUUUUGCUUUCAACGCAGCUGUAAUGGACAACCUCACUAAAUAACUGGACUGCCUGACCAUGUAUCUCACUGCAGGGAAGCAUUGUUGCCGGACGGCGGCCGUGUCAUCGCUUUGCUAGAAAUCUAACACGAGAAUCGUGAUGGCAAUGGUCUUUUCUUUUCUAAUCAAAGGAAGUGCCUCUGUAUUCCCAUUAUGCAAUUUGUUAAAACAUGAAUUCAGGUUAUUUUCUUGCAUAUAAGCUAUAGAGGAGCGUGAAAUUUUUAUGAGAAGAAAAAAAAAAAGAACAAGCGUCAGCUCACUAGUUACAAACAUCUUUAUAUAUACAGGAUAUAUCCAUAUAUAUUUAUAUAUACAUUUUUUUUUCCUUAUUUGCCUAAUAAGCUCAAGUGGCAGUCUAGUUAUUUUUUGAAGUACGGCGUGAUCAUUAGUUAUCAGAAAUCAGAAGUUCCAGUCCCGAAACCCAGUUCUGCACUUAAUAAAUUAGAGCGAAAAAAUAAACUGGCGGAAAUCAGAUUUCCGUGAAAAACGUUAUUGAUAUCGUAGGGAGAGAGAGAGAGAGAGAGAAAAAAAAAUGCACGGCUUUUGAUUUCUUUUGUGUUUUGGACAGGAAGUAUUUGUUAUUGCAAAAUAAAGUGUGUUGAUUGAGCCAUGUGCAAUGCCUUGGGUAGAAACUGUGUUUGUCUCAUUGUUAGGGUGUACAGGAAAGCGUAGAGGUGAAAAUCCUUCUAUUAUAGUAAAGUCCACGCUGUCCGGGACUCUAAACUACAGGGCGGAGAGAGAGAGAGAGAGAGAGAGCGAUUGAGAGAGAGAGAGAAAAAAAACGGUCUUUGUAAGUUUUGGGAAUUUGUUUUGUAAUCUUUCCUUUUUUCUGCUUUUUUAUUGUUCAUUUGUAAUGAUUUGUUCUCAAAACUUAGGAGGGCUGAAGCAGCUGUUUUUGUUUUAUUUUUGCGACACGUCAGAAUAUAUCACUAAAUAAAACAGGUGCUUUUUAUGGAUCAAAGUACGAUCAAUCUCUAUUAUACAUAAGAAGACAAAAAAAUAAGUGUUAUCAAGUCAAAUUUUAGGGGGAGGGGGGAAACACGUACAUUACUCUUUUUCCUUUUUAUAUUUACUAAAGUGGGGGAGGGGGUUCAUUGUGGUCGAGGUUGUGACAAAAGGCAUUUUUCCUCCAACCUUUUCUCUGAAGCGAUCGAGGAAUGUCGACGUCCUAAGAGGUUUUUUUGUCUUCACGCUAUGCAUUCCAGUUUUCUAGGACUUCCAUACUUUAGGUCGCCCGAACCGCCGUAGUCCUUAACCAACUUCCCGCCGGAUAUUUGCUGGCUUUUUGUACGUAGAAAAUUUCGAAUUCGUUUGAAAGUUACGACAAGAUCUUCCCUGUUUAUGGGAGAGGCUUUAACGCAGCUGGAAUAAACUAAAAUGCCCGUCAUAAGCUAGAAACUAUGAAGAGACAUGAUGUGAAUUUUUUUUUUUUAUAUAUAUUUUGAUAAACUGGUGAAUCUUACAAAAGCAUGUCCUAUUUCACUCCAAAAUCAAAAGAAUGAAAAGAUUUUUUUGUCAAAAAUAGUCCUAAAAAAUAGGCCUAAUUUUUAUACUUUAUGCACAAUAUCAUUUAUUUUGAUUCGGGAGUGAAACAAAUCCCCCAAACAACGUCGACGACCAAUCAGAACGAGAGAGUUGAAACAGAACCCCUCCCCCUCCGAACUCACAGCGCCCUCUCCUGGCCCUCCGUGUAAAUGACUCUAAAUAUUUGUUUUGUGAUCUAGUGUUAGACUCAGAGCAUCAUAAAGGUUGUCCCUAAAAAGUGCCUUUUGUUCACAGACACCAUCUUGUAUCCUGAGUGCCCAUCUAAAAAAAAAAAACAUAAAAAAAACAAAACAAAAAAGUCCCCUCCUUCAAACUUCUGUAUUUCUCCUUCCGCGACUUCUUCAAAGCAGUAUAUAUAGUACUAAAGGAAAUCGGUGUGACUUAGUUCCUCUUUUUAUUGUUGAAUAAUUAAGAAAACUGUAAAAAAAAAAUGUUAAAAAAGACCAAAAAAACAACAAAAAAACAACUUUGUCUUGCUUUUCCUUCCUCUGUAAUCUUGUCUUCUGCCUCUUUUGGACACUGGAGUAGUCUAUAGUUGCAAAUCCAUCGCCCUUCCCCGUGCCCCUUUUCUCUGAACGGAGGGGUUUUUAAAAUAAUAAUAAAAAAAAGAGUAAGAAAAAAAUGUUGUCUGAGCAGAAUGCAGUUAGCUCACAUGUUAUUCUUGUCUGUACGCUUCACGUUGUAUUCAUACCGAUCUCUUCAGCUUCUCCAUUGAACAGUUAAUGUACGUGAACAAGUUACGCCGGUGAGCUCUGGUGGGCCGUCCCACGGACAGAUGGGCGUUUCGGCUGCGAGAACGAUAGAGGCGACCGCUGGGGUAGACUAGGAGACUUUUUGAUCUAUUUAUUUCCUUUUUUGUUACCAAAUUCAUUUGAUUUGCUAUGAUCUGUUUGUAUUGAUGUUGCAUUGAGAAUCUGUAUUGAUGAUGCACCUUUUGAAUGGUUGUACGUGACCAGAUAUUUAAUU